AUGAGACUCUCUUUGCUCCUUUGCCUUUUUGUCCUGUGGCUGAACAUGGACGUUUCAUUGGCGCAGAAUGAUCCGGUGGGCUGCAAGAAACCACCACUCCUUGCAGAUGGAGACACCAAGGAAACGUCUCGAUUCUCAUACAGACACAAUGAAAGGGUUGAAUACAUCUGUCAGAAUUACUACACUAUGGAUGGUGAUCCUCACAAAACCUGUAUCAAUGGUGAAUGGAGUGGAGAGAUGAGAUGUCGGAAACCCUGCACUGUGAAUACAGAAGCCAUGAGCAGACAUAAUAUUGCCUUCAGAUAUACCCAUGACGAUAAGCUCUAUUCACGCCAUAAUGAAGAAAUUGAGUUCAGGUGUGUCGGACGAAGAAGACAUGACGGCAGACUAAACAUGCGUCAGAGAUGUCGUGAUGGUGUGAUGCAGCUGCCCAGUUGUCAGUAA